AUGAAACUUACACUUUCAGUUUAUACACCAAACCGGAUUUCUACUCUCCGUUUCACCGGCGACUAACAAACCAAAUCCAACUCAUCACUUUCUCUCUCUAAAAGUUCUCAAUCGGAUCACAGAUCGGAUCGGAUCGGAAGCUUCUGUUGUAUAGUGUUAACAAUGAUUCACUUUGUUCUCUUAAUAAGCCGGCAAGGAAAGGUUAGACUGACAAAGUGGUAUUCACCUUAUUCCCAGAAGGAAAGAAGUAAGGUGAUACGAGAGCUCAGUGGGAUGAUUCUCACGCGUGGCCCCAAGCUUUGCAACUUUGUCGAGUGGAGGGGAUUUAAAGUUGUUUAUAAACGAUAUGCCAGCCUCUACUUUUGUAUGUGCAUUAAUCAGGAUGACAAUGAACUCGAGAUCCUUGAAGUCAUUCAUCAUUUCGUUGAGAUUCUUGAUCGUUACUUUGGAAGUGUUUGUGAGCUGGACUUGAUCUUCAGUUUUCAGAAGGCUUACUACAUGCUGGAUGAGAUUUUAAUAGCAGGCGAACUUCAGGAAUCAAGCAAGAAGACAGUUGCCCGUUUAGUUUCCGCACAGGAUUCUUUAGUUGAGGCUGCAAAAGAAGAAGCUAAUUCAAUAAGCAAUAUAAUUGCACAGGCAACCAAGUAAACUCUACUUUUAUUUCUUUGCUGAUUUCAAGCAUGUUCCUAAACAUGUUUGCACUUGUCACAAUUCUUUGGGGAAUGAUGGAGUUACGUUUUUCAUUUGACUUUAAUUCGCAUGUUGUAGAAAGGCUUUCGGAUUUUGUAAAUGUGGACAUAUAUAUUUGAAACGGGUGGUUGUCGAUUCAUUUUUCAUGUAACAACCGAGACUUUGCGAUAAGAAUGCUCAUUAGAGACAUGUUUUAAGUUGUA